AAUUAUUAGUAGUAGUAUUUAUUUAUUUAGCUUAAGUCUAUGUAAGAUCAGAUUAGAUUAAUGAGUGAGAAAGAGAGCGUGAGUGAAAAAUCAUCUCUUCUCUCACAGAUUAUCUUUUUUUUUAUAUACCAGAUCAGUUUUUUUUUAAAAAAAAAUAAGCGUGAACUAAAUCAUCAUUACUUCUCUGAUAAACCAGAUUUCAUUACUUCUUCUGCCAGCGUCCUUUCAUCUUCCAAGAAAUAUUUUCUUCCAAAUCUUCUCAAAAUCUCCCAUCUCUCCAGACUAAAAAUCCCUGCAAUCAUUUCACUCUUCUCUUCCUUUAAUAUAUAUAUCCUCCUUCCCUCACUCAAAGUUCUUUUCACUGUUCCUGCACAAUUAUCCUCCAGACAACAGAACUUGGAAAAAGAACUGAAUCAGUUAAGCCAAAACAACAAAGACACCAAAAAUCCUCUUACUAAAAAGAUGGAACCACCCCAACCACCCCCGAGAUUCCCCGCGCUUAGGGAUAGGAUCGAACAGAUGAGACACACUCGGGACUUGGAGGAUAGGCUCCGUCGAUUUUGGCUGUGUCAAUGGGAUCCGGACGAGCCCUUUGGGGCAUUUUUAGGGCGUUUUGUGCACGCAUGGCAGUUUGCGCGGACGGCCGGCGUCACAGACUACGAGGUCGGCCAGCAGCUUAUUCGACAUUUACCUCACGGCUGGAGAGACUGGGCAGAAGAGCAGUUGGACGAUACCUGUUCACAUCCCGUCCUCUCGGGGACUUUGCAUUGUUCAGCACGCGGAUCUUCAACAUGUGGGCGAGUCACGGACUCACUGCCCCCUUACCUGCUGUAGCACCAGUGGAGAUGCCCCCACCACAGUACCACCAUUAUUCCCCGAAUCAACCGGCGAAUGCAGCAGCCCCUCUUCCGCCGUAUCCCAUGAAUGGGGACGAGUAUGAGGACAGCCCACCUAGGGGCCUAGUAGUCGAUGCACUGGCACCCCCACCAGUACCCCCACCGCAGGAGCCAGUCGACGAGCCCGAGGUACCUAGGCGGUACCGCAUCCGCCUAGAGGAUUACGGGCAGCCCUUUGCUCUACCAGAGGAGGACAUGAUGGGGCCAGAGAUUAUGCUAGAAGACCCACCUGCUCCCCCAGCCUUCCCAGCGCCAGCAGACAACGACAUUCCCAUCAUAGAUAUAGAGGAGGAGGAGGAGGAUCCCGAGGAGGACCCCGAAGAGGAUCCAGGGGAGGACCCCGCAGGCUUUCAGGAUUGGGAGGACGAGGACUCAUCAUUGUUGGGAGACGGCUCUGUCACUGACUCACCCUAGCAGAUGCUGCCAUAACUUUUUGACAAUUAGCAUAGGUGUCGGAAUUUGAAUUGUUUUGAUUGGGAGCCGGGAGUAGAUAGCCCGAGCUAUGUCCGAACACCACUUAUCCGGUUGUUUUGAUUUUGAUGAUGAAUGCUCAAACAUAUGCCUUUAAUGUUUUUAAUGAUUAUUGAAUUGUGUUGAGUGGACUCUUUAUCCUAUUA